AACUGAUGAUAAACUCAUGGUUCGAUAAUUAUGCUUCCAUGCAAAAAAUGUUUGCGUGCGAUCGACAGAGGUUAUUUACGUGAGCAGCUCUUGUCUGUGAAGAUGUUUUAAAAGCCAUCCAUAUACAUUGUACGUCGUCACUGCACAAACAAGCGUGACCAGUGGAAUUUCAAUAGACCAGCGUUUAAUUUUAAACUUCCUUUUGUUGAUAUUGUUCUCGUGGACCUUGUCACUUCUGGUUUUGGGGGGACGUAAAUAAAGAGCGGAAAUGGGUGUUUUGAAAUAGCAACAAGCUUUUGAAUACUAUACAUUGUGAAUUUUCUGUGUCGCACCCAUUUUGUGGAUUACCAGUUAAACAGAAAUAUGGAAGUGUCGUUAUUGGGAUUAAUGUUCGCAACAUUGUGUCUCACAUAUAUUCGACGUUCGGAAGCCUCGAACAGACAGCAGUUAUUUAACGAUGUUAUAUACAAAGUAAAUCCCGACAUAGCCCCAUUUGAAUCUUCCAAAACGACAAUAGCUGUUAUGAUAACGCUAAAUCUGGUGGGCAUAACAGAUAUCAACGAAAAACAGCAAACAAUGUCGGGAUCAUACUGGAUUGCUAUUUCAUGGACAGAUUAUCGUCUGAGAUGGAACCCAGCGUUAUACAACAACAUUACAUCUGUGCACAUGAAAGCCGACAAGAUUUGGUCGCCGAAAUCUAUUUGCAUCUUUAAUGAAAUUGGAAAUGACAAAUGCUUCAACGCAAAGGAGGACCCCGUGACGGUAUACGCCGAAGGAUUUGUUGCGUAUAUGAAAUAUUUGGGGAGUGUCUCCCAAUGUGUAAUAGAUGUCACCAGCUAUCCAUUUGAUUCCCAUGUGUGUUCUCUUUCAUUUGGAAAUAUCAAUUCCUAUAGCGAAUACCUUAACUUUAAUGAGGAAUAUUCCAAUCUUCUUCUCCAGUAUCUACAACCAAAUGAAGUUUGGGACAUUCAGAACACAUCGUUUCGUGUCGACAAAUAUUAUGAUCCCGUGAACAGAAACACACAAGAGCACUUGAAUUUUUAUAUACAUUUACAGAGAAAGUCAUUUUAUGUCGUCAUAUCCGUGCUCUUACCUGUUGUCAUCUUAUCGGUGUUGAAUCUGUGUUGUUUUGUGGUACCAAUCGAUUCUGGGGAGAAAAUGGGAUUCUGUAUGACCAUCUUCUUAACGUUUGCAGUAUUCUUGACAAUGAUUACCGAUUCCAUGCCGAAAUCUUCCGACAAAGUUCCGUAUUUCACGGUGUACUUGAUAACACAACUUGUUAUCAGUGGGUUGAUCGUUGUAUUAGAAGCCAUUGUGCUGUUGUUUCAUUUUCACUUUGCUUCGAGUAGAGACGAGAAAGAAAAUGACGAAAAGUUUUCUGCUAAGAAUACAUGUAAAUUAAAUGGAGUGCAUUUGGAUAUUAUAAUGUUCUUCUUCUGUCUUGUCUGUGAUAUCUUCUCUGUAAUUUUCUUCUUUGUAAAUGUGUUGUGAACACCUCAAUAGUCUACUUUCUUAUUAACCAUUCCGUUCCAAGUUUACAUGUCAUAUACAGAGUAGUUAGCUAUAAGUUGUGCACUAUUCAGUUUAUAGUUUAAAUUAUUUACUGAGUUAUAAGGUGUUGAUAACGUUUACGUGUUUACUGUGUUGUAAAGUAUUGAUUUCCAAGUGUAUAUUUUAGCAUGCCGUAAAUGUGUCGCACACUAUUCACUUCCAAGUUUACACAUGUGUUGUACAGUAUUCAGUUGCAAGUUUACUUGUUGCGCUAAGUUUUAAAUGUGUUGUACGGUAUUCAGUUCCUAGUUUACAUGUUUCACUAAGUUUUAAAUGUGUUGUGCACUACACAGUUCCUGAUUUACAUAUUUUGCCACGCUGUACACGUGUUGUUCACUAUUCAGUUUUACUUUGUUGUAAAUAGUAAAUGUAGAUGGUAGGUAUUUCAUUUCCAGCCAAUCUUUAAAACUGUAAUACAGUGUACUGACUGGAUGCACGUAGAACGAACUGUAUCCAACAGAUAAAACGAAAUAAAGUUUCAAAUCUGAAUUUGCA